AUGUAUUACAGAUCACAUUGUAUCCUAGAACGACUUUUCUUCGAUGAUCGAUCUUAUCAGGUUCUUUAUUCUGUAAGCUAUUUAGCUCUAACUCCUCUUCAACUAGACGAAAUAUUCGCGGAUGUUUUGUCAAAUGUCAACAUUUCAUUAGAUGAGCCAGAUUCCGAAGGAAAUGUGGAGACACUAGAGUUACUCAUCGAUUUUGGUUGCGAUAUAGACUUUCCAGACGGAAAGGAUUACUUGCCUAUCCACUAUACAUGUGAAUAUGAUACAACAGAAUUAACAAAAGUUGUAGUAGAGAAGGGUGCAAAGCUAGACGCUCCUGAUAGACAUAAACGGUAUCCGAUACACUACAUGUGCGAGAAAGGCAAUACGGAAAUGGUGAAGUUAAUGGUAGAGAAGGGGGCCAAAGUAGAUAUUCCUGACACAAAUGGUAAAUACCCGAUACAUUAUAUGUGUCAAAGUGGCGAUGUAGACGUAGUAGAGUUUUUGGUCACGAAGGGUGCGAAAUUGGAGGCUGUAAACGGGCAACUGCCGAUUCAUUAUGCUUGCGAAAAUUAUUUCCGUGACUUUAAAAUAGUACAGUUUUUAGUAGAAAAAGGCCAGAGUGUUAAUACGCCGGAUACAAAAGGCAAGCUACCGAUUCAUUACAUGUGUGAGCAAGGAGCAACAAAUAUUGUCAAAUUCCUAAUUAACAUUGAUAAACCUGUGAUAAAUGUUAAAGAUGGAAACGAUGAAAUUGGUCUUCGGCCAUUGCAUUAUGCGUGUUUGAGGGCUGACGUGAAUCUAGUAAAGCUACUACUACGCCUAGGUGCACAAGGCAAUCUUCCAGAUUUACAUGGUAAUCUACCGUUACAUUACGCAUGUCUCAAUGAUAAAUCUGGUCUUCCAAUAAUAUCGCUCCUCCUAGAAAAAGAUCUAGACGUCAAUGUUCGUAACGCAAUAGGCCAUCUACCCAUACAUUUUGCGUGUGAACCGAGCUGCAGAACGGCUUCGAAUUUCGGUUAUCACAGUCUAGGUUUUCCAUUGUGGAAAGGAAUUGACGAAUCUGUAGUGAAAUUUUUAGUGCAGCGUGGUGCGCGUUUAGACAUUGCAGACGCGAAUGGAAGGUUUCCGAUGCACUCGGUGUGCAGACAAAAUAAACCAGAACUGGUAAAACUGCUAGCAGAGAAAGGAGCUGAUCUGAAUGUUUCUGAUCAAUGUGGACGGCUGCCGAUUCAUUACGCGUGUGAAUGGGAUGUUCAUAGUGACGAAAUUGUGAAGUUUUUGAUUGAAAACGGUGCGAGUGUGAAUGUUGCAGAUGUAAAGGGUGUGUUACCGAUACAUGCGGCUUGUGAGGGAGGGUCUCUUAGUACAGUGAAAUUGUUAGUGGCAUAUGGUGCAGAUAUAAGUGAUCGUCGGGUCCGCGAAUAUGCAGAUAAGAAUUAUUUCCACCGUCAAGAAAUACUGAAAUUUCUAGAAAUUAACGGUAACGAUUCUCCAAAAGCGUCCUCGGAUCCCAAAGAUCGUAAAGAUUAUAGAAAUCCUAAAGACCAAAAAGAUCCUGAAAAAAAAGGAUUUCGAGAAUUCUAA